AUGAAGAGACUGUCGUCACAAAUACAGAAACUCAAUCCAGAGAAGUUUGCAGUUUAUGACAAGAUUUUUAAGGCAUGGAUUGAGGAGAAGUUUAUUGAAGUGGUGACGGAUGCAGAUAAGAACAAGCCGAGCCACUACUUACCGCAUCGUCCCGUUUUCAAACCGGAAAGCGUCACGACCCCAGUGCGACCGGUAUUCGAUGCGUCAUGCAAAGUAGGAAGAGCCCCUUCAAUCAAUGAAUGCUUGGAGAAGGGUCCAAAUCUCAUGGAGCUUAUCCCUUCCAUUCUCCUGCGUUUCCGAGAGAAUGAGAUAGGAGUGGUGUCGGACAUCCGCAAAGCUUUUCAGAUGAUCGAGAUCAAACCACCAGACCGAGAUUUUCUGCGGUUCCUAUGGUGGGAGGACUUCACCUGCUCGAGAGUUAUUGAGUUCCGGCACAAUCGAGUCGUGUUCGGGAUCAAUUGCAGUCCCUUCAUUUUGGCUGCCGUUUUAGAGAAGCACUUGAAGUCCGUAAAAGAAGAAUGGCAACACACCGCUAAGAAGUUAUUGGAGUCACUUUAUGUAGACAAUUGUGUGACCUCCGUCAGAAGUAUUCAAGAAUAUGAAGAUUUUAAGAGAGAAUCCAUCGACAUCAUGGAAGAUGCUAAAAUGGAUCUUUGUCAGUGGGAGCGAUCAUUUAUUGAGAUGGAUCAAGAUUCCGACCAGCCGCCGGACACAAUGGUGCUGGGACUGAUUUGGAACAAGAAAGAAGACAGUUUAAGAUGCAAAGUAAAAGUGCCCGAGAUAUCUGAGAAGCUGACAAAAAGAGAAAUUUUGUCAAAAGUUCGACAAAUCUUCGACCCCAUUGGAUUUAGCAGUCCAACUACUUUGCAGCCGAAGGUGAUGUUACAAGAAGUGUGGGCAAAUAAGUUGGGUUGGGACGAUGAGUUGCCUGAUGACAUCGUCACCAACUACAAGAAGUGGUACGAGGAGCUCGCCUGUCUCACAGAGGUCAGGAUACCAAGAUGGAUAAGCUGUGGAGCAGACAUGGAGAAGAAGAAUAUCCAACUCCACGUCUUUUGUGAUGCCAGCCAGACUGCUUAUGCGGCUGUCAUAUUUUUAAGAGUGUCAAGUGAAGAUGAUGUCAAAAUCCAUCUACUUCAAGCUAAAUCGAGAGUUGCACCAUUAAAGAAGACAACAAUACCAAGACUGGAGCUAUUGGGGUGCACCAUCGCUGCCAGAUUAAAGAACUCUGUCGCCACGUCCCUGAAUAUGAGAAAUGUUCCCACAACCUUUUGGUCGGACUCCACCACCGCAUUGUCCUGGAUCCAGAGGAACAAUGAAUGGGGCACAUUUGUGGGGAACAGAGUCAGAGAGAUUUUGAAGAUGAGUGAUGCCAAACAGUGGAAACACGUCCCUGGCAAAUUGAACCCGGCGGAUCUUCCAUCAAGAGGCUGUAACGCAAGAGAAUUGGUCGAAUCAAGAUGGUGGAAGGGACCCGACUGGUUAAGAGAAGAUCAAAAUAGUUGGCCGAGUCAAGAUUUUGAAAUUAACGAAGAAGAAAUAACUGCUGAGAAGAAAAAGUCAGCUGCCGUGAAAAUGGCAGUGGUCACUCCGCCUCACGCGACCUGGUGUGCGGAGAGAUUUUCAUCUUUUUGUAAGAAUGUGUGUGUGGUCGGAUGGAUGAAACGCUUUCACCACAACGCCACCCGAUCAAGAUGUGAAAGAAUCCACAGCCGAAAUCUUACCGUGAAAGAAGUGGAAGCGGCUGAAGCGACUAUUAUGAAGUUAAUUCAACAAGAUUCAUUCCCCAAAGGUACCAACAUCAUUGGAGGAAUUGAAGUUAUUAUCAGAGAAGAUGGAUUAAUAUGCGCCAAGACAAAGCUAUUGCAAAGUGAUGAAAGUGAAAGCUUCCGGAAGCCAGUCUUGCUCCCAAAGUUUCACCCAAUUGUAGAGCAGUUAAUCCGUGAAGAACAUUGCAUGAAUGGACACGCUGGUGCUCAAUUCCUGAUGGGACACCUGCGCAAGAAAUAUUGGAUUUUACAAGGUCGACAAGCCAUCAAGAAAGUAAUCCAUUCCUGCACAAUAUGCAAGAGAUUUUCCAUGAAGAAGCCGGAAGUGCCUGCUGGACUUCUACCUUCUGUUCGAGUCAAGAUGGGAAAAGUUUUCGAAGUGACGGGGGUGGAUCUUGCUGGUCCACUGUUCCUCAAAAAUAAGACCAAGGUGUGGAUCUGCCUAUUCACAUGUGCAGUCUACCGAUGCGUGCAUUUGGAGUUGGUCGGCUCAAUCUCCACUGAAUCUUUUUUGCUGGCUCUUGAGCGAUUUAUUGCACGAAGAGGACGCCCCACCACCAUCUACAGUGAUAAUGGGACCAACUUCACUGGAGCGUCCCACUAUUUUAAAGAGUUGAAUUGGAAGAAGAUCGAGAAGGAGACCGCCAUGAAGAGGAUUAAUUGGAUCUUUAAUCCGCCUUCCGCACCGUGGUGGGGAGGCUGGUGGGAACGCCUUAUCAAGAUAGUCAAGGAUUUAUUAAGAAGAAUGUUGGGUAACAGUCGAGUGGACUACCAUCAACUUGAGAGUUGCAUUUGUUCCGUGGAAUCGGUCGUGAACGCAAGACCACUGACUUUUGUCAGUGGUCUUGCGUUCACGACAUGUCAGUGGACAUGUCAGUGUUUCCGCGAAAAUAGCGACGGAACGGUUGAAAUUCCAUGGAAGAAAGAGCUGGGAUUGGAUUGCGUCGCAGUGGGUGUGCCGGAACCCACGGUGGAGUGGAGCUUCAACGGUGGUGGAGAAAUCCAUGGGGGAAACGGGAAGCGAGAGGGUUCUGCCAAGUCGUACACGUUGACGGGACUGCACGCCAACACGCGGUACGACAUUCGCGUCACGAGCGGAAACCAUGCCGGCGACACGUUGGCAAAAUACGAAUUUCUCACCGGAUCACUUCCCCCACAGGCCACCACCAGUCACAGUGGUGGAAAAUACCGGGGAGAAAGUACUGAAGAAAGUCGUGAUGGUGAGCGUGCUUUGGGAGAAAACAAGGCCCCCACGCUAAGCACGUCGCUCCUGAUCGUCUUCCCCUCCAUCCUCGCACUCAUCAUGGUCACCGCCGUCAUCUCAUUCUUCUGCUACUUCCGGAGAAAACGAAUUUUGGGCAUUCCACACCCCAAAAGGGUGAUUGGUGAGCACAAUUAUGCCGGAACUGGCGAUGGGACGUCCUAUCUUGACCGUGGAGGAGGUCAAGGUCAAGCUUACGGUCACGGUCAGGGUGGAAUAAUGUACGAUGCAGCCACUCCGCACCAGCAUUACAAGCUCGUCAAGGGGUCCCAAGGCCAAGGGUACCCGCCUGAUUUGACCACACAAUACGCCACCAAAGGUAGGGACCUUACAGGGGGUAAACUAAAAUAG